AUGUCAGAGAUUCAACCAAUCUGUGCUAUUUUGAUCACCAUCAUUAUCAACAUUAUUGAACACUUCAUGGCCCAGCAACGACAGGGAGCCACUCAUAAAAGAGUGUUGGGAUCCCCAGCGCCACCUCGACGAUUGUCAGACAUCUCCCAACAACCAGCGAUGGAACAAGAGAUCCUUAAAAACUCAUUAGAAUGUCCUAUUUGCGGGGUCCUCGUCAAGAACUCUACUCAACUUAACCAACACAUCGACGAUAUUCAUUUGGUAAUUGAAAACCAUGAUGAAUCGCCAUCCGAUAAUGCAGUAUUAUUUGAAGACGAUAUCAAAUCGUGGAUUAAAAACAAGAUAAAGAUCCCCAAUGUGAAAUUAUUUGAUACCAAUAAUUUAUCGCUUAGUGACAUCAACAAUUCGUUACUCAAUAUCAAUGACUACAUCCUAACCCCAAAUUCAUCUUCUUCAUCAUUAUCAGAACUUGCUAAUACCCCAAAAUCUCCCCGUAGCCCACAAAGGGCAACCACCCAAUUAAAAGAUGCAAAGCUCGCGAAAAAGUACCGGCUUCAAGUGAUGAAAUCAAUGGAUAAGUCAAAAUGGCGUAAAUUAUCUCCCAGGCAUGUCAACAAAUGUUCAAUUGCAAAUUGUCCUAAUACUGUUAAAUUCAAAUACGAUAAUUCUCCCGAUGGUCUAGGGUAUGAUCUUGAGAAUUUCGAACACAACUGCUUUGUGUGUGGCAAGAUUUUUUGUGGAGAACAUUUACCGACCCCGGUAAAGAUCAAUAAACAUGGAGUGCUCGAUCCAGUAAAUGGGAUUUGGUUUAAGUGCUGUCACUCAUGUUAUGAAAAGAAACCAGGUUAUGUGACAAAUGACCAUUCUACCGGAGUUUGUAGGAAUUUGUACGGUUCAUUCAAGAGAUUAAGAUCGUCAAAAAUCGAGCACAACAAACUCCAUCAUUUCAAGAUUUACAAAAGAAUCGAAACUUACAUUAGUCAAUUGAUUGACUCGUAUUAUGAUUACUACUAUGGAGUAAACAAGAAAAGUAUAUUUAAAUUGGUAUUAUUCAACGAGGCAAAAAAGAAACUCACCACCGAAUUGAUGGGGUAUUGGCAAAAUGAUUCAGACUGUUUGAAUUGCGGGAUUUGCACCAAAGAAUUCUCAAACUUGUUUUUAAGAAAACAUCAUUGCCGAUUAUGUGGGUCGGUGGUAUGUGAUGAUAAUUGUUCCAUGGAAGUGCCGGUGGCACUUUUAGCUCCGUUGAUUUUGAACCCCAUCAAUUCUUCCAAAUAUCAACAAGUGGGGAUGAAAAUGAAGCACGAAGUACUACGGAUCUGUUUAGAUUGUAAAAGUAUCUUGUUCAAGAAAAAAGGGUACCAUGAGGAUGUCACAAAUCCGUGCUCGACAAUCAUCCAAGAAACCGAGAACUUGUUGGGGUUGAAGACCCGAAUUGAGUUGACGGUACCGAAAUUCACCAAAUUAUUGAAUAUUUUUGAAUCAAGUGAUGAUGAGAAAUUAUUGGAAGACUUGGAGCGACUACGGAAAGAGUUGACGAAAUAUUUGACGAGUUUUGAAAAAUUAUCAAAAAAAAUCAUCUUGAUGGGGGUUCCAGAUAGUGCUCAGGACGAUGAGGCUAUGAUUACCACUAAUGAAUUACAAUUAAUCAUGUCAAUUAAAAUAUUUCUGAUAGGGUAUUUGAAGCGUCACACCCUGGUGUUGAAGAGAUUCCAAGAAGUAUUAUUAUCACGGCGCAAGUUGCAGAAACAGGUCAAUAAUCAAAAAGUAAUCGAAACCCCGGUGGGAAGUUCAGCCACAAAUAAGUCGUCGUCAAUUACUACCAAUAGUAAUAAUAAUAAUAAUAAUAAUAAUAAAGAUAUCGCUAUCACCGUUGUGGAUCUUAAUAAUACUGCUUCUCUAGAAUCGGCAGAUGAAAUCAAACAUCUUCGAGAAGAAUUGAUGAUUUUAAAAGAACAGCAUUUUCUAAUUGAUCAAAUGAUUGAUAAUGCGAAAAAAGAACGAAAGUUCGACGAAGUGGUUACUUUAAAGGAAAACGUAGAGGAACUAAAUGGGAGAAUUUCGGAAAUAUUGGGGCAUUUAGGGGAGGAAUAUGGGUUUGAUUAG